AUGACCGCGGAAAUCCAUAACGGCGCCGUGUCGAUGCUGGACCCGUCGCAGCUGCUCCGGCCCGAGAGGGUGUACGAUGGCAAGCCAGUAGACGCGUUCCGGGACUACUCGGUGGACAACGAGGAUCCAAUCAAGGAGCGCGUGCGGAAAACCUAUUACACCAUGCAUACGAACGUCACGGUCGACCUUGUGAAACAGAAACGCGAGAAAUGGUUGAAGUUCAACCACUUCACGGCGACUGUGAAGGAAGCGCUGAUCAAGCUGAACGAUCUGGUGGACGAGUCGGACCCCGACACGGAGCUUCCCAACAUCGUGCACGCCUUCCAGACUGCGGAGCGCAUCCGCCAAGACUAUCCCCACGACGACUGGUUCCACCUCACCGGGCUCAUUCACGACCUCGGCAAGGUGAUGGCGUUCUAUGGGGAGCCGCAGUGGUGCGUUGUUGGCGACACGUUCCCCGUCGGCUGCAAGUGGGCCGACUCCAUCGUCUACGGGCCGGAGAGCUUCAAGGAUAACCCCGACACCUACAACCCCAAGUAUAAUACAAAGUACGGCAUAUACAAGCCUCAUUGCGGCCUAGACGGCUUGAUGAUGUCGUGGAGUCACGACGAGUACCUCUACCAGUUCCUACUUCACAACAAGUCUAAGCUACCCGAGAAAGGACUUUACAUGAUAAGAUAUCACUCCUUCUAUCCAUGGCACGCGGGUGGGGACUAUCGCCACCUCACCAACGACAGAGACGAGCAGAUCCUGCAGUGGGUACUGGAGUUUAACAAAUAUGAUCUGUACACGAAGAACGCGCCCGUGCCCGACAUGGAGGCGCUGUGGCCCUAUUACGAGGCUCUCAUCCAAAAGUACAUCCCCGGCGUGUGCGAGUGG